AUGUCGAAAGCUAAUGAGAAAUUGCCAGAUUUACUGGCUGAAGCUGUUUUGAAAGAAUCAGCACCAGUCCCCCAGGAUCUGGUCGAGGUUGAUGGUAUCGAUUAUUCGAAACCUGAGGCUACUGAUAUGAAAGCUAGUGAUUUAAUUAAUUCCAUGAGAAAGAUGGGAUUUCAAGCUAGUACUUUGGGUGAAGCAUGCGAAAUUGUCGAUAAGAUGAGAUCUUGGAGAGGUAAGCACAUUGAUGAAUUGGAAGAUCAUGAAAAAAAGGGUUCUUUCGAUGAAAAUGGUUAUCAAAAGACUACUAUAUUUAUUGGUUACACUUCAAAUCUGAUCAGUUCUGGACUUCGUGAAACUCUUAGAUUUUUAGUGCAACAUAACAUGGUUAGUGCUAUUGUUUCCACUGCAGGUGGUGUUGAAGAAGAUUUGAUCAAAUGUUUGGCUCCUACUUAUCUUGGUGACUUCACACUAAGUGGAUCUACUCUACGUGACCAAGGUAUGAAUCGUAUUGGUAAUUUGCUAGUGCCCAAUGACAACUACUGUAAGUUUGAAGAGUGGAUUGUUCCCAUCUUGGAUAAAAUGUUAGAAGAACAAGAGGAAUACGUCGCUAAACAUGGUAAAGAGUGCCUUGACGCCAACACUGACAUCGAUUCGCCUAUCUGGACGCCAUCUAAAAUGAUUGACAGAUUAGGUAAGGAAAUCAACGACGAGUCAUCUGUCAUGUACUGGGCUCAUAAGAAUAAAAUUCCAGUGUUCUGUCCCUCUAUAACAGAUGGUUCUAUUGGUGACAUGUUGUUUUUCCAUACGUUCAAGGCAUCCCCUAAACAACUCAGGAUAGACAUUGUUAGUGAUAUCCGUAAGAUCAAUUCCUUGUCAAUGGAGUCUUCUAGAGCCGGUAUGAUUAUAUUGGGAGGUGGAUUAAUCAAACACCACAUCGCCAAUGCAUGCUUAAUGAGAAAUGGUGCGGACUAUGCGGUCUAUAUUAACACGGGACAAGAAUUCGAUGGUUCCGAUGCUGGUGCCAGACCUGAUGAAGCUAUUUCUUGGGGUAAGAUCAAAUCUGGUGCUAAAUCGGUUAAAGUUUAUUGUGACGCUACUGUCGUCUUCCCUCUAAUCGUGGCGGCAACUUUUGCAAAUGGUAAACCAUUGCUAAAACCUGAAGAGACAAAUUAG